AUGACUGGACAAUCUUCCCCACCAUCAUAUACGCCGUAUCCCAAACCACCAUCCUAUACUCCCACAACCCACGAACUCACAGAAGUUCCUCCAACAAUAACAGUUCCAGCGCAAGCUCACACUAACGAUUUGUAUGACGAUUCUCCACCACCGUACCAUGAGAUCGUAAACGGUCAGAGCUCUGGCAAUGACGAAGAAAGUGGUAUUAACAUGGUCGAAAGUGAACAGGAGAGAUCUAAAAAGUCUUGGACAGUAUUUAUUAAGAUAGGCUAUGCUUUGUUCAUGCUUGUGAAUAGUUUUAUAAUAAUCGAUGGGUUUAUAUUGUUAAAAUAUAUUGGAUCGAAGAAAGAGGGACAUUUCGAUGAAGCGGAAUUAGCAUUGCGCACAAUGAUGGUUAUAGAGAUCUUCCUUCGAGUUCCAUCAAUAUUGUAUCUGCGAAGAUUGGAUUCGGCCGACUUUGGAUUUAUAACAGGACUUGCUACAUUUGUUGGCAAAGAAGACUAUUAUUUGCUUUGCUAUAACCCACGAUCCAACACGCUGCUUUACAGGAAACUCUUUCAAAUGCAAAUAAUUUAUUGGGCCUACAAUCUAACCGGCGGAUUCGUUAUCUGGCUAACAUGUUUAUUCGAAUUGGUCGAAGGUUCGAUAAGGCCGUUUGUGUAUGCGGGAAGCGCGAUAUGUCUAGCUAAUUCUCUGAGAUUAGUGAUCGUCGGAUGUUACAAGUUUUUCCGAAAACAAUUGUAG